GUCCAUCAGGUGGCGACAACGCACCCACACACAAAUAUUUCAACUUCCGGGUCGGCUGAUCCUUCUUUCCUGUCGGCCAUUUGUCGUAUACGGUGUGUAAGCGACUUCCUGUACAACAUUAAACAUGCAGAACGACUCUGGUGAAUUUGUGGACCUUUACGUCCCACGUAAAUGCUCUGCUAGCAACAGAAUCAUUGGAGCAAAGGACCAUGCCUCCAUCCAGAUCAACAUUGCAGAGGUUGACAAGGUGACCGGUCGCUUCAACGGUCAGUUCAAGACCUACGCUAUCUGUGGCGCCAUCCGCAGAAUGGGUGAGUCUGAUGACUCCAUCCUGAGGCUGGCAAGGGACGACAGCGUUGUUGCCAAAACCUUCUAAGAGCGGCGCUGGAGAAGUGGAACAUUUGUAAAAAUAAAAAUGUUAAAAAAAACAACACAGCCUGGUUUGUCUUUUUCUCUGAUCUCUCGAGUGUGUACGUUUGACAAAUGUUUACAGCAUCGUGAA